AUGGCCGACUACUCCCAAUACCACGCCCUUGGCCAGGGCGAGGUCAUUGAUCCCAACGAUCCCGAUCGAACGACCGCACCUGCUCCUCAGCAAUUCCAACAGCAUCCCCCGCACCCUCAAUACCAACAACAACAAUAUGGAGCUCCCCAGUUUCAGGGAGGAGUAUCUGCACAGCCAGGAGGGCCUCCAACCCCCGGUUCAGCAUAUGCCUCGCCGGUACCUCCUGCGGGAUUUCAGUCGCAAGAUGCUGCGCUGGCAGGACAGAUGGGAGGGAUGAACCUAGGCGACGGCACCGGCACAUUGCGAAAAAAGAAGAAGGAUAGGCAUGCAUACCAUAUGGUUGAGGCAGCUGGGUCUUCGCAACCUUUCAGUGGAAUGCCACCACCCGGCACUCCCACCUCACAAUUUCUAAACAGCCCAGCAACGCCAGCCGCUCAGUUUCCAGUACCCGGGAACAAUGCCUACACACCUGGAGUGUUUGCUCCUGCUCCUGAUGUCCUAGGGGUCGGAGCCAGAGCCCCCGAUGCUUCUGCGACGAUUUCAACAUCUGGGCCCAGCAAGGUCACAGCCGAUGACCUACCCAGCGUCCCAGCCUCGCGUGACAGUGUCCAACAAUACUUCCUGAAGAACGUUUAUCCCACCUUCGAGCGCCAUGUACCUCCGCCUGCCGCGGUAUCCUUCGUUGCCUUUGACCAAGGGAACGCCUCCCCCAAAUUCGCCCGACUGACGCUCAACAACAUCCCUGCUACUUCAGAUGGCCUUCACUCCAGUGGGCUUCCCCUCGGGCUUCUGCUCCAACCUCUGGCUCCCCUACAACCUGGCGAGGCUGAGAUACCGAUUCUCGAUUUUGGGGAUGCUGGCCCUCCUCGGUGCCGACGAUGCCGCGCAUACAUUAAUCCAUUCAUGAUGUUCCGGUCUGGUGGUAACAAAUUCGUCUGCAACUUGUGUACACAUCCCAACGAUACGGCGCCGGAAUACUUUUGCGCCACAACACCUCAGGGUGUACGGGUGGACAGGGAUCAGCGCCCUGAACUUCAUCGUGGAACUGUAGAAUUCGUGGUACCCAAGGAGUACUGGACGCGUGAGCCAGUGGGUCUGAGGUGGCUAUUCCUUAUCGAUGUGACGCAGGAGUCGUACAACAAGGGCUUUUUGGAGGCAUUCUGUGACGGAAUCCUCGCCGCUCUAUAUGGCGGCGAAGAUCAGGAAAAAGACGAAAACGGCGACACAAAGCGAAGGAUACCCGAGGGAGUCAAGGUUGGCUUUGUAACCUACGACAAGGAUGUUCACUUCUAUAAUGUUCAGGCUGGAUUGGACAGUGCUCAAAUGAUGAUCAUGCCCGAUCUUGAGGACCCCUUUCUCCCUCUUGGUGAGGGAUUGUUCGUUGACCCGUACGAAUCCCAGUCUGUAAUCACUUCCUUGUUGACUCGCCUGCCGGAGAUGUUUUCCAAGAUUAAGAAUCCCGAGCCGGCUUUGCUUGCUGCGCUUAACUCUGCUCUAGCUGCUCUUGAGAAGACUGGCGGAAGAGUUUUAUGCUCAUGCUCUGCUCUGCCCACCUGGGGACCUGGCCGGCUGUUCAUGCGGGAUGAUGGCAAUCACCCAGGUGGCGAACUUGACAAGAAGCUGUAUACUACGGAGCACCCUGGUUGGAGAAAAGUAGCAGAGAAGAUGGCCUCUUCUGGCGUCGGUUCUGAUUUCUUCCUGGCUGCACCGAACGGCGGAUAUCUUGAUAUCGCCACUAUAGCACACGUUUCCGCUACGACUGGCGGCGAGACAUAUUACUACCCUAAUUUCAUUGCUCCUCGCGACAGUCUCAAGCUUUCAGGAGAGAUUACUCAUGCAGUCACACGAGAAGUUGGAUUCCAAGCCCUGAUGAAGGUUCGAUGCUCCAACGGCCUACAGGUUUCGGCCUACCAUGGAAACUUCAUCCAGCACACAUUCGGAGCCGAUUUGGAGAUUGGUGUUUUGGAUGCAGACAAGUCCCUGGGUGUGUCAUUCAGCUACGACGGCAAGCUUGAUGCGAAACUCGAUGCUCACUUCCAGUCCGCUCUGCUCUACACGACGGCUUCGGGUCAGCGCAGAGUCAGAUGCACGAAUGUCAUUGCUAGCGUCAGUGACACCUCGAAGGAUGCUGGUACCCGUGAGCAGGGAAUCCGUGAAUGCAUGAAGUUCGUCGACCAAGAUGCAGUUGUUUCUAUUUUGGCAAAGGAAGCAUGUACCAAAUUUGGAACAACGUCGAGCAGCCUGAAAGAUAUCCGUAACUGGAUUACCGAGCGGACUAUUGAUAUCCUAGCCUGUUAUCGAAAGCAUUCUGCCGUGCAGCACCCCCCUGGCCAGCUCGUCAUGCCAGAGCGCUUGAAGGAGCUGAGCAUGUACUUGCUUGGUCUCAUGAAGUGCAGGGCAUUCAAAGGUGGUAUCGAGUCCUCCGAUAGAAGAGUGAGCGAGAUGCGCAUGGUCCGAGCCAUGGGCGCUCUUGAACUGAGCCUAUAUCUCUAUCCCCGGAUAAUCCCCAUCCAUAAUCUACAGCCGGAAGAUGGAUUUGCUGAUCCAGAGACGGGUCACCUGAGGAUGCCUCCAGCUAUCCGGGCAUCAUUUUCACGUGUCGAGCCUGGUGGCGUCUACCUAGUUGAGAAUGGCCAACAAUGCUUGAUUUGGUUCCACGCCCAAACGUCACCCAAUCUGAUAUCCGAUCUGUUUGGUGCCGAUAAGGACGACCUGAAGAGUCUUGACGCGUAUACGUCGGCUCUGCCUGUGCUUGACACCCAUCUUAACGCACAGGUCCGAAACAUGAUUGAGUUCCUGAAGACGUUGCGUGGAUCCAAGGCCCUGACCAUUCAGCUGGCAAGACAAGGUAUUGACGGCGCUGAAUUUGAGUUUGCUAGAAUGCUGGUUGAGGAUCGAAACAACGAAGCGCAGAGCUACGUGGACUGGCUUGUGCAUGUGCAUAAGGCUGUUCAGCUUGAGCUGAGUGGUCAACGUAAAAAGGAGGCGGAAAGCGACUCCACUAGCUCUUCGGGUGCGCUCACCAAUUUUAGUGGCCUACGACCGGCCUAUUGGUAA